AUGACUUUGGGAGAACAUGAUCCGUUGUGUAUCAACACAAUCCGUAUUCUGGCCGUAGAUGCGACCUUCAAGGCUAACUCUGGGCAUCCCGGUAUGCCAAUGGGCAUGGCCCCGGUCUCGCAUGUCUUGUUCAACAAAUUCAUGAAAUUCAAUCCUAAGAAUCCCGAUUGGCUUAAUAGAGAUAGAUUUGUUCUCUCAAAUGGCCAUGGAUGCAUGCUUCAAUAUGCCAUGCUGCAUCUGUUCGGAUAUGAUCUCUCGCUAGAUGACCUUAAGGCCUUCCGCGCGGUCGGGUCCAAAACUCCAGGGCAUCCUGAAUGUAGAGACACGCCUGGCGUCGAGAUCACUACUGGACCCCUCGGCCAAGGUUUUGCAAACUCCGUGGGUCUCGCAAUUGCGCAGACUCAUACUGCGGCGGUUUUCAAUAAGCCCGGAUACGACCUGGUUAAUAACCACACCUACGUUUACUUAGGUGACGGAUGCCUCAUGGAAGGAAUCACCGCCGAGACAGCAUCGCUUGCCGGGCAUCUGAAGCUGGGAAACUUGAUUGCCAUCUAUGAUGAUAACCAUAUCUCAAUUGACGGUGACACAGCCCGUGCGUUCACCGAAGACGUUAACAAGCGGUUCGAAGCGUACGGCUGGCAUACCCAGCACGUCAAGGACGGCGACCACGAUCUCGCUGGCAUCGAAAGAGCAAUUGCGGCAGCUAGGGCAGUGACUGACAAACCGUCCCUCAUCAAGCUUACCACCACUAUCGGGUUUGGUUCAAAGCUUCAGGGCACCGGUGAUGUCCAUGGAAACCCCCUAAAGGAGGACGACUGCAAAGCUGUCAAAAAGAAGUUCGGAUUCCACGCCGAGAGCCACUUCGAGGUUCCUCCGUUGGUCUAUGAGAUUUAUGGCAAAACUGCCGCUAAGGGAGUGGCCGCCGAACAGGAGUGGAACAAGCUCUUUGAUAAAUAUAAGAAGGAGUUUCCUAAAGAAGGUGCUGAGCUGGAGAGAAGACUGGCCAAAAAGCUCCCGGAGGGAUGGGAGAAGAACCUUCCAAUCUACAAAUCCACCGACUCCGCAAUCGCAUCCCGCAAGCUAUCCGAAACAGUCCUCAACAAGCUCGAAUCCAUCCUCCCUGAACUCAUGGGCGGCUCCGCCGAUCUCACCGGCUCAAACCUCACCCGCACAAAGAACGCCGUUGACUUCCAGCACCCCUCCACCAAGAUCGGCGACUACAGCGGCCGCUACAUCCGCUAUGGCGUCCGCGAGCACGGCAUGGCAGGCGUCAUGAACGGCAUCUCCGCCUACGGGACCCUCAUCCCCUUCGGCGGCACAUUCCUCAACUUUGUGAGCUACGGCUCCGGGGCAGUGCGACUCAGCGCCCUGAGCCACCACCACGUCAUCUACGUCGCCACGCACGACUCCAUCGGACUGGGCGAGGACGGGCCGACCCACCAGCCGAUCGAGACGCUGGCGCAUUUCAGGGCGCUGCCGAACUGCAUGGUUUGGCGCCCCGCGGACGGGAAUGAGACUUCUGCGGCAUACUAUGUGGCACUCAUCUCGAAGAAUACGCCGAGUAUUUUGGCGCUCAGUAGGCAGAAUCUGCCGCAGAUUGAGGGGUCGAGCAUGGAGUUGGCGAUUAAGGGUGGGUAUGUGUGUCUUGAGGAGCAGGGUGUGGAUAUUACGCUGGUGUCGACGGGGAGCGAGGUUUGUCUUUGUAUUGAGGCGAGUGUGUGGUUGAAGGAGAAGAAGGGCAUCAAGGCGAGGGUCGUCAGUAUGCCGUGCUGGGAGGUGUUUGAUGCGCAGGAUAAGGAGUAUAGGCUCUCUGUGUUGCCGGAUGGGAAGCCGAUUCUGUCGGUGGAGGUGUUGAGUACUUUGGGAUGGGAACGGUACGCCCAUGAGCAGUUUGGGCUAAACCGCUUUGGUGCCUCGGGGCCGUAUAAAGACGUCUAUGCAAGGUUCGAAUUCACGGCAGAAGGCAUCUCGAAGAGGGCCAUAGCCACCAUCGACUUCUGGAAGGGCGUGCAGAACAUUAGGAGCCCGCUCAACAAGGCCUUCACCCAGAUAAUCUAG